AGAAGAACAACCACCCCGCUUUACCAGGUACAGGUCUUUGAUCGGCCACGCACAGCCACGGUUGAAUGUAACGAUCUUCCUGCGUUGAUGCUACCGUAGCUCACCGGUCAAGAUAGCAACAAGAACAGCUGACGUUGAUCCUUUGGAUGCAUAUGGAUGCCUUGGUAGGCAGAAGGCGAAGAUUUAACGCUGAACUGCUCGCUCGCGUUGCAGUUCGAACGUGUUUGCCUCAAGAGCACUUGGAUAUCGAAAAGGACUUGGGUUGUGCACGUACAUGUACGAAGGUGUACGAGUGAUACAAGAGAUAGAUAUAGAGAUUACACCUAGCAUCAAGCGAGGACGGACAUCCUACCUACCAUCACCCAUCGCCUCCUCAAAAUUCCAGGCCAACAUAUAAAGUAAAGACACCAACGCGCAAAAGCCCUCGACGCCCUCCAAAGAGUCAAAAGACAAGAAGCUCAAAGCCAGCAUGACGACUUCCUCUCCCAACAACCAAUCCAACAUGUUGAAUCCCAACAAACCGCCCAGCAGCGACACUCCACUAGACAACCUCAACACCACCACCUUCCUCCAAGCCCAACCAAAGCAGCACCUCUCCUCCCCACCCCGCAUCCUCAUCAUCGGCGCCGGCUCCCGCGGCACGGCCUACGCGGCCGCCGCCCUCCGCACGACCAACAGCACCAUCGCGGCCGUGUGCGAGCCCGUGGCGUACAAGCGCCGCCUGUUCGGGGAGCGCUUCAUCUGGGGCGCGGGCAACGAGGCGUUGCCCCAUCAAGCGUUCGCGUCGUGGGAGGACUGGGUUGCGUACGAGGUCGAUCGCAGGGAGCGGGCUGCACGGGGGGAGGGGGAGGGGGAAGCGGUGGAGAGGGGUGUAGAUGUCGUGUUUGUGUGUGUGCUGGAUGAGAUGCAUGAGGGGGUUGUGUGUGGGAUUGCUGGGGCGGGGCUGGAGGUGCAUGUUUGUGUGGAGAAGCCUUUGGGGACGAGGUUGGAGGCGUGUCUGAGGAUGUAUAGGGCUUUGGGGGGUGGGUGUGAGAAGAAGAAGGAAAAGGAAAAGGAGACGGUGUUUGGGAUUUGCCAUGUGUUGAGGUAUUCGCCGCAUAAUAUGCUGUUGAGGCAUCUGGUGCUCGAGGAGGAGGUGGUUGGGGACGUGUUGAGCUUGGAGCAUACGGAGCCCGUGGGGUGGUGGCAUUUUUCGCAUUCGUAUGUGAGGGGAAACUGGCGCAAGGAGUCGACGACGGCGCCCUCGCUGCUGACAAAAUCGUGUCACGACAUCGACUUCAUCCUCUGGCUGCUCUGCUCGCCGCCUCGGAAAAGCAACAACACAGCACCGCACCUACCGUCCCAUCUCACAUCAACAGGCUCACGGACCUUCUUCAGGAAAGAAAGAAAGCCAAAGGCGGCAGGCGACGCGACCAACUGUCUGUCAUGCGCCCACGAGCCCGAGUGUCAGUACAGCGCAACAAAGAUCUACCUGGACCGACACCUCAAGCAGGGCAGGACAGGCUGGCCCGUCAAGAUAGUCAACCCGGAGAUUGAAGAAUGCUACAGGACGGCGGGCCUAGAAGCCGCGAGCAACAAGCUGCUGGGGAGUCUGAAGGAGGACUGGUCGGCGGAGACGCCCGUGUCUGAAGUUGAGGCGCGGCCGUGGUUUGGUCGCUGCGUUUGGGAGGCAGACAAUGACGUUUGCGACGACCAGACGGUGACGAUUACUUGGGAGGACGACCCAGUCGUCAAUCAAGAUGGGCAUACAGAACUGAAAGGUCGAGGCGCAAAGACGGCACAGUUCCACAUGGUGGCCUUCACGGAGAAGAUAUGCGAACGCAGAGGCAGGAUCUAUGGAACGAAGGGGGAGAUUGAGUACGACAGCGAGACGAUCAAGGUGCACGAUUUCGCAACGGGGAAGACGAAGAUACACGUGCCGCAUCAGGCAGGCGGUGGGCACGGGGGAGGGGAUGAGGGGCUUGUAAGGCAGUUCCUGCUCGCCGUGGAUGCUGUGGAUAGCAAGAAGAUGUCGGCGGCGGAGGCUCAGCGGCACUUUCUGGGGUGCGAUCUGGAUGAGGCUUUUCGUAGCCAUGCAGCCGUGUUUGCGGCUGAAGAGGCGAGGGUGGAGAGGAAGGUGGUGGAUUGGAAGAAGUGGUGGGACGAGAGGGUGGAGUCGCAGUUGUCAUUACACGGGCGGCAAGGUCAAGGUGAUGAAGCUGGGUCUCCGGUCGGAGGAUUGAAUUGACAAUGAGCCGGGCGCUUGGGAGAACUGUGGGCGUCAUCUCUUCCUUCACGAUGCAUUUUCUUCAUUUCGCUCUUUGAGUUGAGGAGUUCAUGCUGUGCCUCGUGAUGGUAACACAAGUGUUCCACAAUGGGGCAAUUAACGGCCGAUUGUACUUCCGGUUUGAGGUUGGCGUUAUCCGGUCUGGGGUAUUUUGGGGCUCUGCUGGUGCGACGAAUGACGGC